UUAAGAGAUCUUUGCAGCUUUGGGAGAUUUUGAGAGCACUCAGCUCAGAGCUGAUUUAGUUCAUUUUAUGUAUUUAUCUCUUUUUUUUUCUUUUGGCAAGCGACAUGCAGCAGUACGUCAGCCUCCAAAACCUUUCCAUAUGUUUCCAGCUCUUAAUGCUCUCCUGUCAAACCCAGGGGGAGAAUCAACCGUCUCCUAAUUUUAACCAGUACGUGAGGGACCAGGGCGCCAUGACAGACCAGCUGAGCCGAAGGCAGAUCAGGGAGUACCAGCUCUACAGCCGGACCAGUGGCAAGCAUGUCCAGGUGAACGGCAAAAGGAUCACCGCCACAGCAGAGGAUGGCAACAAAUUCGCAAAGCUAAUCGUGGAGACGGACACCUUUGGGAGCCGUGUGCGCAUCAAGGGAGCCGAGAGCGAGAAAUACAUCUGCAUGAGCAAGAGGGGGAAGCUCAUUGGAAAACCCAAUGGCAAGAGCAAAGACUGCAUCUUCACUGAGAUCGUUCUGGAGAACAACUACACAGCCUUCCAGAAUGCCCGCCACGAGGGCUGGUACAUGGCCUUCACGCGCAAGGGCCGCCCUCGGAAAGCCACCAAGAGCCGCCAGAACCAGCGGGAGGCACACUUCAUCAAGCGCCUCUACCGCGGCCAGCUGCCCUUCCCCAACAACGCCGAGCGGCAGAAGCAGUUUGAGUUUGUGGGGUCCUCCUCCCCGACGCGCCGGACGAAGCGCACCCGCACCCCGCGGCCCCGCACGUAGGGCCCUGCGCUUUGGAUAGUGCCACUCACCCCUGCUGUGCGGAGGGCUGAGCCGUCUCCGCUCCCCGCACACAGACCCAGGCUGCUGCCCCAUGCUGUAUGUAGGGCCGGGCCAUCUGCCUCCCCACACACAGAUUCACUCUGCUCCCCCAUUCUGUACCUAGGACUGUGUCACUUGCAUGCCCGGUGCCCACCACUACCCCAUGCUGCACAUUGCUACGCAUCCUGCCUUCCAAACGCGUCCAUACCCAUGCACACCCAUUGCCCCAGCUGUACAUAAGACUGUGCCCCCCAGCACCCUGCCACUCCCCAUAUUUUUUUUUUUUUACAAAGAUGCUCUAUUUUUAUACUUCGAUUCUGUUAGGCACAAAGAAAUAUUGACUCGAGGAGCAAGCGUCAGGUGUGGGGGGUUAUUUUUUGUAAAUAGAUGUCACCCCAGGCAGGAUUUCCCUUUGUUCUAGAGCACCCCUGUAACGACCCCCAAGAUUCAACACCCAUUGCUUUUCCUGCCCUUCUGUACAGCGACCCCUGCUGGGAGGGCAGCAGACAGCAACUGGUUUUGGAGACUUCUCCUUUUGACCCUGUUCUCAGCAUCAAAGGUGCUAACUCCACCCUGACAGCCAAGUUCCUGUGGGACCAAUCCUGGCAGCUGGUUGGGUUUUUUUAAUCCGCUACAUGGGCUAAGCUCAAAACUUCUGACUGGUGCAAUCUUUUAGACUGUGGGACAGUCUCCCCUUGCGGACGCAGUGGAACAAGACUGUUGACUGGACUGUAGGGAAGAAUCCUGCCUUGGGAUAGGGAUGAACUAACAGGACUUUUUUCUCCAGUGUGCAUGGAUGUAUCUAGCAAACAGACAGCUGAUAUGAAGGAGACUGUCUGUCUGCAUGGGUCCCAGGGCCAACAAAUCCAAGUGACUUGGAAGCCUGUGGAGCAGCAGAAGGGUUGAGGUCAUCCUGCCUUCCCAGAGGGGUGGUAGAUGUCUGUCUGUCUAUGGUACUUAGCUGUAGCCCCUCACAAUCUGUAAUAUAGUUAUCCUCGCAACACUCCCGGAAGGCAGGGCAGUGCUAGUAUCCCCUUUGUACAGAGGGGGAACGGAGACACAGAGAGACUAAGGCCUGGUUUAUACUUAAAAUUUAGAUUGACCCAUCUACGUCACUCAAGGGAAUGAAAAUAUUUGCACCCCUGAGCGCUGUAGUUAAACCGAUCUAGCCCCCAUUAGCGAUGUGGCUAAGUCGGUGGAAGAAUUCUUCCAUCAUCCUAGGAGGUGGAUUAUCUAGAUGGAGGGGGGGGAAAGCACCCAGUGACUGCCAUAUAGGUCACACAGGAAAGUCGGAGAAAGACCAGGGAAUUGAGCAUAGGUCUUUAGAGUACUGACUUAGCACUCUAACCACGGGGCCAUCUUUCCCCUCCUGGUUGGUUAUUACCCAGAGGGAAGAGGGUUCUAGGACUGAGGGGUGGGCGUUCCAGCAUGGAAAAGGUUGAGCACCACAGUUGCAGAGGCAAGAUCCCAGCACUUGUUUUCAGCUUGUCACAAGCCUCUUAUUUUAUUUAUUUUAUUGUAGGGUUUUAACUUCCCUUCUUCCCUCAGUCAGGGGCUUUCCUUUUGCUUCAAGAGACCAAAUUCCCAACCACACUCCCACUUUGGAAGAGAAAUAAAAUGAGGAACCCCCAUUUGACUAGCCAGGGAGCGACCUGGCCUAGUGUCUAUGAUUCCCUAUCAGGUAAAGAGAAACCACUUUUAGGGGUUUUUAAUACAUUCCAAUAUUUCCUUAAAGAGUCGACUGUUGUCGCUUUAGGUCUAAACAUUUAGACUUUGGGAUUUAAAAAAAACAAACAACCUAAAAUGAAUAAAAAUUAAUGUCUUGGGUGUUUUUUUUAUUUCAAGCACAGCAUGUUUUGGGGGCUUGUCUGUAUGUUUCUUUUGAGAUGUAAGCGUUGCUCUGCUGUACUGGGGACCCAAAUGCUGCAGCCGCAGAGGGCCGGUCUAGCUGCACUUCCCAAGUUGAGCAAAGUACAAAGAGUUAAAUAAAGUGCACACGUGGCAAAAAGCAAAUGAUUUUCCCUCCCCAGUGAUUUCAGGCAGAGUAAUCUUUGGCUCUAUUUCUAAAGGGCUGUCUACACAACAGACGCUGUGCACAGACCAGCCUAUCCAAGCUAGCUUUCA